AGCAUCUCUCUGCCUUCCUGAUGAGGACCAGGACCAGGACCAGGACCGGGACCCGUCCUGCAGACGUCAUGAGGCAGCCUGAGGACUCCGUCUCUCUCCACCAGGCUGGACGGAGAAGACCAUGUCUGUUCUGCUGAAGCUGGCUGGUUCUGCCACCACCUGAGAGGAGCAUCAGAACCUCAGAUCGCAUAACUCUGCUGGAAGAGGUGGAGCGAGAAGAAGCCAUGUUCUAGAUGACUUCCUCUUCCUCACCAGAAGCCUCUCAUUAGUCUGAGUUCACCCCAGUGAGGCUGCAGAGCUGAGGGGCGGGGUGGGAGUGGAGAACUCUCGACUCGUCGUAGACCCGGAGAGGCCGAGAGCGGGAGGAGGACCGGAGUGUGCUGGGAGGGGAGGCAGACUGACUGAUGACCUCCAUGCAGGCGCGUAAGAAGUAUGUUCUGCUGGGCCUGUGUGCGUUCUGCUGGCUGCUUCUCUUCUACUGUGGGGGAGGGGUCCAGCUCCGCCUGCUGCACCUGCUGACCCGCCACCAAGGGGACGUGCUGCGCCACUGGCCCAACUGGACUGACGGGGCCUUCCUCCCCAGAUAUGCUCACCUGGGGGAGCUUCAGACAGACGCGGGGCUGGCGGAGUCCCCCCGGCAGCGCCGCCUGGCGUGGUCGACCAUCUAUAAGGACAGCCGGUGCCGCAUGGAGACGUGUUUUGACUUCUCCAGGUGUCAGCGCCGAGGCAGGGAUGGGUUCCGGGUCUACGUAUACCCAUCAGAGAAAAGUGACCGCGUGUCACAGAGCUACAGAAAGAUCCUGGCGUCCAUCAGCGAGUCUCGGUACUACACCCCGGACCCCCGAGAGGCCUGCUUGUUCGUGCUCGGUAUCGACACCUUGGACCGGGACCAGCUCUCGGGUCAGUUUGUGCCCAACAUGGACGAACGCAUCCGAAGUUACCCACUUUGGAACGAUGGGCGGAACCACCUGAUCUUUAACCUGUAUUCUGGCACCUGGCCCAACUACACCGAGGAUCUGGGCUUCAACACCGGCCAGGCCAUCUUAGCCAAAGCCAGCCUGAACACGGAACACUUCAGACCCGGAUUCGAUGUCUCCAUCCCGCUCUUCUCUAAGGACCACCCCCAGAAGGGAGGGGAGCGAGGCUGGCUGCUGAGGAACACCACCCCUCCACGGAGGAAGUACCUACUGAUGUUCAAAGGGAAGCGGUACCUGACCGGCAUCGGCUCCGACACCAGAAACGCUCUUCAUCACAUCCACAACGGGAAGGACAUCGUGUCGCUGACGACCUGCCGCCACGGGAAGGACUGGGAGAAGCACAAGGACUCUCGCUGUGACCGUGACAACCUGGAGUACGAGAGGUUUGACUAUCAGGAGCUGCUCCACAACUCCACCUUCUGUUUGGUUCCCCGAGGCCGACGACUGGGAUCCUUCCGCUUCCUGGAGUCACUGCAGGCGGCGUGUGUCCCCGUGCUGCUGAGCAACGGCUGGGAGUUGCCGUUUUCUGACGUCAUCCAGUGGAACCAGGCCGUCAUCGAAGGAGACGAGAGGCUCCUGCUGCAGGUCCCGUCCACAGUGAGAGCGGUACCAAACGAGCGGGUUCUGGCCCUCAGACAGAGAACCCAGGUUCUGUGGGACGCCUAUUUCUCCUCUGUGGACAAGAUCGUCCUCACCACUCUGGAGAUCAUCAAGGACCGCAUCUUUUCUCACGUCUCCAGGAACAGGUUCAUGUGGAACUCACUGCCAGGAGGUCUGCUGGUUCUACCGGAGUACUCCACUCACCUGGCCCACUUCCCGUUCUACUACCUGGGACUAGGGGUCAGUCCCGGUCAAGAGUUCACCGCCGUCAUCCACGCCGUCUCCCCAUUGGUCUCUCAGUCACAGCCAAUCAUGAAGCUUCUUCAGGUGGUCUCCAGGUCCAAGUACUGCUCUCAGAUCAUCAUUCUGUGGAACAGCGAGAAGCCGCCGCCCAGCCGGAGCAAAUGGCCCCCGAUGCCCGUCCCCCUCGUGGUGACUGACGGCAGGAGGAAGACCACCAGCCGGUUCCUACCUCACGUUGCCAUAGAGACGGAGGCGGUGCUGAGUCUGGAUGAGGACACAGUCCUGCUGACCAGUGAGGUGAACUUUGCCUUCCUGGUUUGGCGUAGUUUUCCUGAUCGGAUCGUCGGCUAUCCUCCCCGGAGCCACUUCUGGGAUCCCGUGAAGCACGCCUGGAGCUACACGUCCAAGUGGACCAACGAGUACUCCAUCGUCCUGACAGGAGCAGCCUUCUACCACAGGUACUACAACUACCUGUUCUCCCACCACCUGCCUGUGUCGCUGCGGACACUCGUGGAUCGGACCUCCAACUGUGAGGACAUCCUGAUGAACUUCAUGGUUUCGGCCGUGACUCACCUGCCUCCCGUGAAAGUGGCUCAAAGGAAGCAGCACAAGGAGCUGCCGGCUCCCCAGGUGAUGAAGAGCGUUUCCUGGGCCAGUCCUGAGCACUUCAGUCAGAGGCAGGAGUGCAUCAACACCUUCUCCACCUGGUUCGGAUACAUGCCUCUGGUCCACUCGCAGCUCCGCCUGGACCCCGUCCUCUUCAGAGACCAGGUCUCCGUCCUCCGCAAGAAGUACAAAGACCUGGAGCGGGCGUAACGCUGGCGACAGGCCAGCAGCACGCCAGGUCCGGUCUGCUGGACUCUGGACCAAUCAGCUGAGGGCACAAAGGCCCCGACGGUUCUGACCCGCAGCAGGAGCCGAGACAGGACUGAAGAAUCAGCCUGAGAGGCACCAGAACUGGUACUGGUUCUGUGCGGUCAGCUGUUACUGCAGGGACUGUUGCCAUGGAAACAGAUGGUUUCACUAACUGUAACCCCAAUAAAGUGGUUUCUAAAUGCA